AUAUUAGGGAAAUCCGCUGUCCACCGACAUGCAAGGCAGUGCUGAUCAACAUAUGGAUGUAGAGCAGGGUUCUAAUUAUCAGCAGGCCCCACAUUCAUCAAGCAGUGUUGAUCAUCAAAUGAUGCAAAACGGUCAAGUCCUGCAUGAUCAGAAUUUAGCGGCAAGCAGAGCUGAAAGUCAAGACUCUGGAUCAUCUCUGGAUGAACGGAAGCAUCAAGAUAUCCCGAAGGUUCAAACAAACAAAACGCAGACAGAUAAGGACAUUUGCAGAGAUGGUGUUGAAAGCAAAACCCAGUCACAACCACCAGCACCAGAGGAUAUUGCUACAUUUAAAAUCAAAUUGAUCGGUCCAACACCAUUUCCAGCGAAGUGGAGACAGAAAUUAGAGAAAGCCCUUCAGAGCUGGUUUAUUAAACUGGAAAAGAAAAGAGAAAAGCGAGCAUCAGUCCUCAGCCUUACACUCAUGAAUGAUGGCUGUGCAGAGGUGAAGGUAACACCAUCAACAGCUCUAGAAGCUUUAAAAAAACACACGGCUUUAUCUUUGAACAUUAAAACUGAAAAUAAGGAAGUGGCUGUACAGAUUUUUCUGGAUGAAACCCAUUCUGUGACCGUAUCGCAAAACUCCUCCGAGCCGAGCAAGAACAGGAUUUCAACAUCAAAGGUAAACCGCACUCAACCUGUGACUUCAGAUGACACAAAUAAUGGUGCAGAAGCUGCUGCAUCUAAUAUAGUUCCCAGUGAGACUAAGACAGCUGAAAAACAUCCAGAGACCUCAUCUGAACUCACUGUUCCCCUGUAUCAAUUCUGGUAUCUGCAUCAUGCUUACAGAAAGGAGGUAGAGAAAAUUGAGAAACAACAUGGAGUCUCUAUGCAUGCAGAAGUGUCUGUCUCAUUCAAAUCCACCCAGAGAUCAAGCAGUGAUUCGGUCUCCAAAGCCUCGGAGGACUUUCAGAAACUUGUAUCUGAAUGUGUGGAGAGUUUUAGCGAAGCUAUCAUUAAUCAUAAUGACAUCGAUUCAUAUGCUGUAAAGGAGGCCCGUCGUAACAUCCGGUCAGAGAAGAGAAAGAUGAUGUUCACCAUGUCUGCCAGUGACUGCCAGUUCUUUGGACCGAAGAAAUUUACAGACAUCAUUGAAAGGGAGACAACAAGAUCAGAAAACCAAUUUAAAAACAAAUCAAAUGAAAUGGAUGUAGAUAACAUUUGUCCACAAAGCAGAUCUUCAUUGGUCAUGGACACAAAAGACCUUUUGACCCAACUUGAGAUGGACAAGGUGCAUUGGGAUCUGAUUAAACUUUCCUAUAAGGAACAAUUAUUACAGCUUGAAACAAAGUACGGAGUGUUAUUUCAUGAAGAAAAACUGGAGAAAAAUGUCUUUAAGGUUCAUGCGCAAUCCAAAGGAGAUCAGCAUAUUAUUCUUGAAAGUCAUGCCCUCAGAGCUUUAACACAUCUCUACCAGAAACUAGCCUCGGCCGCUGUCAGCUGUGAACUCACAAAACCUACAGAUCAAACUGCAGUGGCCCCAAUAGUAGAGAAACUUCAGCAGCAGAAUUAUUCUGUUGUUGCCGCAAAUGAAUUCAGUCCCUGGAAGCUUGUUGGACUGCCAGAACAUCUUGGUCCCGCCAUUGCUGAUAUUGAGAAGAAACUUCAGAAGCAUGUGUUUGAUGACAAGAUGAAGAAACUGAUUGGAUACUCGGGUGACAUUCCUCAUGCAAGAGGAAUCCGGUGGAAUCAGAUGCCUGAAUAUGGUCCAGGAGCAGUGGGUGGAGCAGCAGGAGAUGAAGACGUGAAUUCUAGAGGGCGAGCUCAAACAGAUAGUCGUUUCAAUAAAGAAUCAGAAAUAAAUGCUAAACAUGAGAGUAAAGGUGCUCAUGUUGAAGAGGAGACGUGUCCUAUUUGUAUGGACAGCUUCACUGACAACGAAAAACUGAAAUGUGGGCAUGAAUUCUGUCGGGAAUGUAUAAGGAUGUCAGUGGAGAGUCUGGGACCCAUCUGUCCUGUGUGUAAGGAAGUCUUUGGGAAAAUGGAGGGGAACCAACCGGAUGGAACAAUGAAAGUAAUGAAGAACAGAUUGAGUCUCCCUGGAUACCCAGAUUGUGGUACAAUUGAAAUACACUACGACAUUCCAAGUGGCAUUCAAAUGAAAAAGCAUCCAAACCCUGGGCAGUAUUUCCAUGGCGCAAGACGUCAUGCAUACUUGCCUGACAACCGUGAAGGACAGGAAGUGCUUUCACUGCUGCAGAGAGCUUUUGAUCAGAAACUGAUCUUUACUGUUGGGACCUCAACAACCUCUGGUUUAAAGAAUGCUGUCACCUGGAAUGAUAUUCAUCAUAAGACCAAUACACAUGGCGGGCCUCUUAAUUAUGGCUAUCCAGACCCUGACUAUCUGAAGAGAGUAAAGGAUGAGUUGAAGGCCAAAGGCAUUGAGUGAGGAUUGGAUUUAUGUUUCCAAAUGCACAUCUAAGCCUAAUAUUUAAAAAUAAGCCAUUUAUUGGUUAUAAUGUAAUACUUAAUUUAUAUACAGUGAUUUUCAGAAGUAUUCAGACCCUUGACUAGUUUACUGAAAAACAAACUAUGUAUUGAACUCUUGUUCUGUGUGAAGCAAAAAAUAAAUCUCUUAAAUCUCGAA